UCUUUCUUCCAUUUCACUGCUUGUAAUCGUAAUUGUAAGUGCAGUUGCAGAAGCAGAAGAAAAUACCAAUUCACCACCCAAACCCUACUACACUAGGCGUUAAGAUGCCGAAAAAGAUGGGUGUCAAUUCUAAGGCCGAGGUGGCAAGGGCUCGCAAAAGCGCCGCUGAAACGGAGAAAAAGGACCGGGAGACUCGAGAGAAGGAGGAGCAAUACUGGCGAGAGGCUGAGAGUUCAAAGCCACGCGCCGCCAAGAAGAGGGAGGAAGAGGCGGAUAAGAAGGCCGAGGCGGCGGCCAAGCGAGCGGAGGUACGUCGAUUGGCGGAGCUGGAGGAGAAAGAACUCGAGAAAAUGAUUAAAAAGCCCGACAAGAAGGCGAACAGGGUGUCGAUCCCUGUACCGAAGGUGACGGAGGUGGAGCUAAGGAAGCGGCGCGAGGAGGAGCAUGCUCUGGCUCAGAAGAAGGCCGCGGAAGCGAAUAAUCGCUCGGCCGCGGAGGAGGAGUACGAGAGAGUGGUGCUUGUAUCAAACACGAAUCGCGAUGAUUCGAUAAUUGAAGCUAGUACUCUUGACGAAGCCAUCGCUAAGAUGAGCAUCGAUAACAACUUACCCCUUGACAGGCAUCCCGAGAAACGCCUCAAGGCUUCCUUCAAGGCGUUUGAAGAAACAGAACUUCCGAUAUUGAAGCAAGAGAAACCGGGACUCACUUACACACAAUACAAGGAUAUGAUUUGGAAGCUUUGGAAGAAAUCUCCUGAUAAUCCUCUUAAUCAAAAUGCUGAUUGAAUGAAUGAAUGAAUGAAAUGAUCUUCCGUGGCAGGCCUGUAACUGACAGCUUUCAUUGGCCAUUUGCAUAGCAUUUCCAUCUCAAAUCCAUGAUAAAGUUGUCGUUCCUCAUUAUAGGCUUCUCUGUUACCUUUCUUAUUGGUAUCCAUAUGUAAGCAGUUUAUGAGUUUCAGUUUCUGUAUAUUUAUUACAUAUGGGAUUUCAUUUUCAUGCUGCUCAUGCUACACCAAAUAAGCUUUUGAGGUUGUAUGUACUCUCUCUUUUAUCAACUGCUCCUAAAUCUUAAAUACAUUCAAUAUUCUUUUGA